GCCCAGCGUCCGGGGCGGCCCCGGGGUUAAAACGGCCGCGAUCGGCGGAGCUCGCGCUGCCGCCGGCCGGACCGGAGCGCGCCCGACACGAUGGCCGACGAGCUCUGUGACCUGCUGCGGGAGUUUGAUGAAGUGAUGGAGGGCUUUGACAGGGGCCCCGCGCGUCAGUACGAGCAGCAUCUGGAGGAGCUGAAGAGGAAAGCAGGGACCAGGGUGUACGACAGCGGCAUCGAUGAGCUGGAGAGUACCAGCACGUCCCCAGGAAGCAGCCUCAACUGCAGCGAGGAGGACCUUAACACCCCAGCCAGUGCUUACCCCUCCAAAGCAAAGCUUGGUGACACGCAGGAGCUGGAUGAGUUCAUUGCAGACCUGGAUAAAGUGCUGGAAGAGAUGUGAGAUGUGGUUUCGGUGGUGACUUUGGAGACGAGAACCUGCAGCAGAUGAGCCCCGUGUAUUCCUGAUACACCCUCUGCUUCUGCGCCCCUACUGCCCCACCGCCUGCAGGGUGAUGCCCUGUGCCAGCCACCACAGACUGCCCCAGCUAUGGGGACCCUGCUCCACUCCUGCAGGAUUCUGCCAGUGCCGAGAUGAGGAGAGCUCUUGGUGGAGGAUCACAGAGGAUUCCAGACUGUGUGUUGGGAGGGACCUUAAAGCUCAUCCAGCUCCAACCCCUGCCACGGGCAGGGACCCCUUCCACUAGAGCAGCUUGCUCCAAGCCCCUGUGUCCAACCUGGCCUUGAACACUGCCAGGGAUGGGGCAGCCACAGCUUCUCUGGGCACCCUGUGCCAGCGCCUCAGCACCCUCGCAGGGAAGAGCUUCUGCCUAAAAGCUCAGCUCAGUCUCCCCUCGGGCAGGUUAAAGCCAUUCCCCUUGGCCUGUCCCUACAUCCCUUGUCCCAAGCCCCUCUCCAGGUUUCCUGCAGCCCCUUCAGGCACUGAAGCUGCUCUCAGGUCUCCCCUUCAGGAGCCUUCUCUUCUCCAGCUGACCCAGCCCAGCUCUCUCAGCCUGGCUCCAGAGCAGAGCUGCUCCAGCCCUUGCAGCAUCUCCAUGGCCUCCCUCUGGACUUGCUCAGCGGCUCCACAUCCCUCUCUUACUGUUCCCCCAAAGCUGGAUGCAGCACUGCAGGCUUUGCCCAUCUCUUGUGACUUGGGGGGUCAAUGGAGUCUGUGCCACUGUUGAAGCCAGAGGAGAACCCUGGCUGGUUUUGAGGAAGAUGAGCGUGCAAUGUGUCAGCAAGAAUUUGGUGUCCCCUCCUGGGUCAGGGAAGCCUUUUCCCGUGGCAGAUGUGUCACAGGCAGUGACGACCACUGCUGGCCCUUUGCUUUGCACUAGUAGCCUCAAGCCCGACCCCUGCCUGUGCCCCGGCUGCUGCUGUAAAUAGUGUAAAA